AGAAGCCAAAGCUUUGUUAUUGGGAGAAAGAUAUAGCUAAGAGAAGACGAGGGGGUUAAGUUAAGGGCGGGGGAGAGGAUACUUCAUACGUCUUUGCUGUCAGACGAAGAACAGCACAGAAGAUAGCUCGCAAGCUCUGCUGCCACCUGCUGCUGCUGCUAUCUUCUUCCUCACGCCUGCCAUCCUCCGUACGUCCCCCUGAAGGAUGUGAACACUCACUCAAUCCCCCUCUUCCGAACAAUCCAGACAUAGAUACCCAGAGAGACAUAUAUAUGUACACGCAUAAUAUAUGUGCGCGCGCGCGAGCGUAGGUAUAUGUAUAAGCUUAUGAGCGUCCUGUUUUGAUUCAAACCCGUCUGAGAAUGCAAGAUUUGCAGUCGAUAGCCCGUGAGAGGAUGUUCGGGCCUGCCCUGGAGAGGCGGCUCCGCCCGCUUAGCCACCACCACCAGGGGGCCUUGAAGUGUCCCCGGUGCGACUCCAUGAACACCAAGUUCUGCUACUACAACAACUACAACCUCUCCCAGCCCCGCCACUUCUGCAAGUCCUGCCGCCGCUACUGGACAAAGGGCGGCGUCCUGCGGAACGUCCCCGUUGGCGGUGGCUGCCGCAAGAACAAGCGCUCCAAGUCCAAACCUUCCCCGCCGCCUGCGUCGAAUAAUAAUAUUAGCCCUGCCGCAGCAGCUGCAGCCCUUGCCGAGGCGGCCCAGACCGCCGCCAGUUCGCCGCCCCUGCAGGAGCGGAAAUCGAGCCCGUACUCUAGCAGCGAGAGCUCCAGUCUCACUGCCGCUGCCGCCUCCGCCUCCGCCACGGAGUCCGUCUCCGGGACAGCUCAUCCCGUCGCGUCCUUCCCCUCCGACGCUGCGAUGUUGAAUUUCCGCGACUACGAAUCACUUGUGGUGCCCGCUGCGGACCCGGCUAAUAAUCCUGAUCAUGGCACGUCCUUCAGCGCGCUGCUCGGUCCCGGAGCCGAGACAGGGGCUUUCACGGCCGUCUUCGGGAGCUUUACCGGCCCCGUGACGGCCGAGGCCGAGGCAGUCCCUUGCGGGCUUGAGCUCAACAGCGUGCUGCUGGGCCAGCAUAGCCAUGACACGUGUCAGCAGCCCCAGUGGCAGAACGGCGAGGAUCAGAGUCGGUCAAUCGGGGGAAUAUUCGAUCAGACGGUGCAGGUGGAUUUUACCGCGAUGGGGAGUGGGUCCUGCGGUGGAGGAUUUGGACCGUUGGAUUGGCAAAUCAAAAAUCAGGGUGAGUUUGAUUUUACCACCACCGUUAAUCAAGCAUACUGGAGUCAGGGUCAGAGCCAGUGGACGGACCGACAAGAUGAAGGUGGUCAUCAUUCCGAGCCUCUACCGCCCGUAAAUUUCUCUCAAUUUCUAUUUUAACUGAAAAGGAGAGAAAUUGCACAGUGCUAAAGAAGAGAAAACCAGACAACAACGAAUGACACUGUAGUAUGAAAAUUAAUAUGAUAACUUUUUUUUUUUUCUCUUUUUCGGUAAUCGAGAGUAUUCUCAGCUUAUUUAUUGAUAGCACUAAUAUAUCAGUGCUUGAAAUUUGUUUUUCUUUUGAAUGGGAGCGUGUGGAGUUGAUUCUGAUGUCUAUCCACCGCUAACGUGAAUGGGGAUUUUAUUCUGUGUCCUGGACCUUUGUUGCCAUUGCUUAAUUAAGAUCAGUCGAAGCCAUGCUACGUUGAUGCCCA